AUGGCUAGCAUGCAGUCCAAUUGGCCUGGGCACUAUAAUUUGGAUGCCCAGUCUGGAGACAGGCGGGGAGAACAAGUUAUCGAUUACAACCAUUCCGGUGGAUACAGUAGACGAGGUCCUAGUACUUCCGGUGCAUAUGAUACUCAAGGCCCCAGCAGUUCCGGUGCAUACGUUAGACGAGCCCCCAGCACUUCCGGUGCUUAUGGUACUCAAGGCCCCAGCAAUUCCGGUGCAUAUGCUUACCAAGGCCUUAGCACUUCCGGUGCAUAUGCUGCUCAAGGCCCCAGCAGUUCCGGGGAAUACGUUAGACGAGCCCCCAGCACUUCCGGUGCAUAUGUUACUCAAGGCCCCAGCAGUUCCGGUGCAUAUGCUGCUCAAGUCCCCAGCAGUUCCGGUGGAUACGAUAGACGAGCCCCCAGCACUUCCGGUGCAUAUGUUACUCAAGGCCCCAGCAGUUCCGGUGCAUAUGCUUACCAAGGCCCCAGCACUUCCGGUGCAUAUGCUGCUCAAGUCCCCAGCAGUUCCGGCGAAUACGUUAGACGAACCCCCAGCACUUCCGGUGCAUAUGUUACUCAAGGCCCCAGCAGUUCCGGUGCAUAUGUUGCUCCAGGCCCCAGCAGUUCCGGUGCAUAUGCUUACCAAGGCCCCAGCACUACCGGUGCAUAUGCUGCCUUAGGCCCCAGCAGUUCCGGUGCAUAUGAUACUCAAGGCUCCAGCAGUUCCGGUGGAUACGUUAGACGAGCCCCCAGCACUUCCGGUGCAUAUGCUGCUCAAGGCCUCAGCAGUUCUGAAGGAUAUGGGCCAAUUGCAAGAAAAUUGCUAGGACAAGAUGGGCAAUCUGGAGAUGCUUCAAAAGAUAAGAAACGCCUCUCAAGUCAAGAGGAUAACGGGAAAAAACCUUACAAACGGCGUAAAAGUGAAGCAGAAGAAGCUCCUAUUCCCGUUUUACCGGGAACUAAAAGAUUGGAUGCGCUAGACAACUCGGACGAAAUAAGGAACAAGUUGAUCUCAUUGCAAGCUCGUCUUGCUGAAAGUCCACUGCCACCAGAGUUCGACAAGUUAGUAACACACCUGUCGUGUGCGUUAUGCGGCUUGGUCGGUUCCAAGGUAAUUACUCGAAACUUUACUCCAUUUUCAAUGAAACUCCACUCGGUUUUCAAUGAAAUUAAGGUGGUUUUUCAACCUCACAACACUAAUAGUAAUCACAUAAUUUUCAAAGACUGCAUCUUUGUUGUAAGCUAGUAUUUGUCGCUACCU